CCUUGAGAGCUGACAGACAAGCCGAGUCCUGCUGUGGUCUGAGGUGCGGCCUCACAGCUGACAACACCUGCCACAGUCGAGGGGUCUGCUGCUGCUUCACUGCUGUCACUUGAAGCUGUGCAGAUGAGAGCAAUCAGGUGGCUCCCAGGACUUAAGGACAUGUCCUACCGUGACAGCCUCUGAGACUGAGAUCUGUUUAGUCUCGAGUAGAGGAGACUGUGUAAGGACCUAACCCUGCUCUUCAAAAUUCUCAAAGACUCUGCCCACUGAGAUGUCAUAUUAAUUUUAGAGAGAAGCAGCCUUCAAAGGAAACAACCUGACAUUCAACUUAGACAACCUAAAAAUGAGCGUUGACAACUUGAGUAAGAAGUUUGUUAAACUGAUCUCCAGGAAAAGAAGAUCUGACAAAGAUGUUGCUGAUUUUUCUGAACCAAACCUCUUGCUGGACAUUCAGGCCAGUCUCCAGCCCUCUCCCAUUAAGGCUCAUAUUAAAGGCAUUUAUGAGACACACAGAGAUGGUGUGUCUAAAUCCACAAGAAUUCUGGAGGAUCAGGCUUCUCUUGGUGAUCCACGCAUGAGAGCUGUGAGCUUUGAAACUCGAUACACAGAGCUGAUGGUCAUCAAACAGUACAAAAGAACCUACAAUGAGAGGCUCCAUGAACUUGAGAAGAUGGGGAAGACUCAUGCAGAGCUAAUAGAGGAGCGCACAAAAGAGAAAUGUGAGCGAAUCUGGACUGAACAGCUCUUUAGGAGGAGUCCUGGAAGUGAGAUUACUCCCCGUACUGUAGUGGUCAGUGGGGUGGCUGGAAUUGGGAAGACCACCAUGGUCCAGAAGAUCAUGUUUGACUGGGCCAGAGGCACUCAGUACCAGAGGUUUGCUUUUGUGUUUCUUUUUAAAUUUAGGGAACUCAACCUACUAGACACAGAGUCAGAACCACAGAUGCCUCUGACCAGGCUGAUUGCAAGGCACUAUAAAUAUCUGAAUGACCCAAGACUGACAGAAAUCCUGCAGAAACCUGAAUCUCUCCUCUUUAUAUUUGAUGGACUGGAUGAGUACAAACACAAACUGGACUUUACACACAGGAAGCUCCCUUCAAACCCAAAUGACUAUUUCCCUGUCCAUAUCUUGGUCUCCAGCCUGGUCAGAAGGACAUUACUGAAAGGCUGUACAGUCCUGAUAACAACCAGACCAACAGCUCUGGAGGCCCUGGACAUGGAGAGAGUUGAUCAAUUUGCAGAGAUCCUGGGGUUCUUCCCUGAACAAAGGCUGAUAUACUUUAAGAAAUUCUUUGGUGAUGCUGAUUUGGGUGCUGAGGCUUUUCAGUAUGUGGAGGAGAAUGCCAUCCUGUACACCAUGUGCUUCAACCCCUCGUACUGCUGGAUUAUCUGCUCUGUGCUGAAAAGUCACUUCAUGACACCUGAAGAAGAGCGAGGAGCUGCCCCCAGAACUGUCACCGAGCUCUUUGUGAUGUUCCUUCACAACAUCCUCACCAAUCAUAAGCGAGAAGCCAAGAACCAGCGAGAGAUUCUGAUCAAACUAGGAAAUAUGGCUUAUUAUGGGGUGGUGAAUAGGACUCUUGUGUUUUAUGAGAAGAUGGAGAUGUCCUCCUUUGCUCUCCAGCCAGUUAUGCUGUCUCCAUUCCUCUCAGGGAUCCUCAAAGAAAUCCUUCAGAGAGAAAGCACUCUGGAGCACACGACAUACACAUUCUAUCACCUCACCCUGCAGGAGUUCAUGGCCGCCUGCUCCUUUUACCUCGAUCCAUCAGGGGGCAUCGAGGAGCUGCUUGUGAAGCUGGAGUCAUGUGAAGAUGGCCGGUUUGAGAUUCUCACUCGAUUUCUGGCAGGACUGGCCAGACCUUCUGUUUUUAAAACACUGGGGGGAGUCCUGGGGGAGUUUGAGAGGAAGACAGCAAAGCAGAUACUGGAGUGGGUGAAGAAGAUAGCUGAAGAAGUGCUACGCGGACAAAAUAAACGUGAAGCUCUACGAGUGUGUCAGUGGCUCUAUGAGACUCAGAAUAAGAGAUUAAUAGGAGACGCUAUUGGGAAAGAUUUAAAGAUGGACUUUAGUAUGAUGAGUUUAUCUCCUCUGGACUGUGUUGUGCUGGGCUCUGUCAUCAGCUGCUGUGGAAAACUUGAGGAGCUCAACCUGUCCAGGACACAGCUCACUUCAGAGUGCAUCAUGAGACUGACGCCGGGGCUCAUUUGCUGCAGACAGGUCAACAUGACAUGGUGUCGUCUCACCUCCACAUGCUGCUCAGCUCUCUGCUCAGCUCUUUCUGCUCCAUACUCACGACUGACUGAACUGAACCUGAGCAACAAUGAGAACCUGGAGGACUCAGGAGUGGAUCAGCUGUGUGUGGGGCUGAGGAGUGAAAACUGCAAAUUAGAGAAACUGAGGCCCAAAGACUCAUCUCCCAGGACGUGA